CCCCCCCCCCCCCCCCCCCCCCCCCCCCCCCCCCCCCCCCCCCCCCCCCCCCCCCCCCCCCCCCCCCCCCCCCCCCCCCCCCCCCCCCCCCCCCCCCCCCCCCCCCCCCCCCCCCCCCCCCCCCCCCCCCCCCCCCCCCCCCCCCCCCCCCCCCCCCCCCCCCCCCCCCCCCCCCCCCCCCCCCCCCCCCCCCCCCCCCCCCCCCCCCCCCCCCCCCCCCCCCCCCCCCCCCCCCCCCCCCCCCCCCCCCCCCCCCCCCCCCCCCCCCCCCCCCCCCCCCCCCCCCCCCCCCCCCCCCCCCCCCCCCCCCCCCCCCCCCCCCCCCCCCCCCCCCCCCCCCCCCCCCCCCCCCCCCCCCCCCCCCCCCCCCCCCCCCCCCCCCCCCCCCCCCCCCCCCCCCCCCCCCCCCCCCCCCCCCCCCCCCCCCCCCCCCCCCCCCCCCCCCCCCCCCCCCCCCCCCCCCCCCCCCCCCCCCCCCCCCCCCCCCCCCCCCCCCCCCCCCCCCCCCCCCCCCCCCCCCCCCCCCCCCCCCCCCCCCCCCCCCCCCCCCCCCCCCCCCCCCCCCCCCCCCCCCCCCCCCCCCCCCCCCCCCCCCCCCCCCCCCCCCCCCCCCCCCCCCCCCCCCCCCCCCCCCCCCCCCCCCCCCCCCCCCCCCCCCCCCCCCCCCCCCCCCCCCCCCCCCCCCCCCCCCCCCCCCCCCCCCCCCCCCCCCCCCCCCCCCCCCCCCCCCCCCCCCCCCCCCCCCCCCCCCCCCCCCCCCCCCCCCCCCCCCCCCCCCCCCCCCCCCCCCCCCCCCCCCCCCCCCCCCCCCCCCCCCCCCCCCCCCCCCCCCCCCCCCCCCCCCCCCCCCCCCCCCCCCCCCCCCCCCCCCCCCCCCCCCCCCCCCCCCCCCCCCCCCCCCCCCCCCCCCCCCCCCCCCCCCCCCCCCCCCCCCCCCCCCCCCCCCCCCCCCCCCCCCCCCCCCCCCCCCCCCCCCCCCCCCCCCCCCCCCCCCCCCCCCCCCCCCCCCCCCCCCCCCCCCCCCCCCCCCCCCCCCCCCCCCCCCCCCCCCCCCCCCCCCCCCCCCCCCCCCCCCCCCCCCCCCCCCCCCCCCCCCCCCCCCCCCCCCCCCCCCCCCCCCCCCCCCCCCCCCCCCCCCCCCCCCCCCCCCCCCCCCCCCCCCCCCCCCCCCCCCCCCCNCCCCCCCCCCCCAAAUGUUUGAUCUGAAUUCUUUGCAGAAAAAGGGGCCUCUCUAUAGUUGUAUGAUAUGCUCAAACUUUGAAGGUUGAAAAGAAUUGAGUGAUUGUGACUUUUUAGGCAUGUCAUAAAUUAAAAUGGUGUUACCAGGCUUCUAUCUUAAAUUCUUAAUUUGUUAGUCUGA